UACGCGAACGCACGCAGGUAAACAUUCCUAUCUUCCUAAGUAGAGAUAAAGCUUCGUUUGUUAUCUCGGACUCGAUACGUCUGCAUAUGACCACCGCCAGAAAGAGUUAAUGUAGUGCCAUGAACAGAAAUCGCGGCGGCGCCCGGAGCGUUGGCGACGAGGACGGCGCCGGCGGCGGGAGGCCCUCGCCCGUUUGCACGCUCAAGGCCCACUCCAACGACGUCACUAGCGUUGACUUCGCCGGCCGCUCUCUGCUGGCGACGGGGUCUUCGGACAAGACUGUGAGGGUAUAUAAGUGGCAGGUUGGGGAUACCUUUGAGCAGGUCUCAUACUCUCCUCUGACUGGACACACCUACGGCAUCAACUGUGUACAUUUCUCACCCUUUGGGACAAAGUUAGCCUCUGCAUCUACUGAUGGUUCUACUAUUAUUUGGGAUGUUAAAACAGGGAGCAGGCUGUGUUCGCUACAGCCAGCAAGUGAAGCAGCAGUGCGAGUAUGUGCCUUUUCUCCCAACUCUGCUCUCCUGGCCACUGGGGGUGAUGACGACUCAGCAGCGAUAUGGGACGUUUCAACCCUGGCUCUCCUGAGACACAGGCAAUCGCCAGAACAGUGUUUGUUGAGACGCAUGCAUGGAGAUGAAUCAACGGUCACAAGCGUAGGAUUUACUCCCGACAGCAGUUACUUAGCAACAGGCAGCAGCGGGGGGGAACUCCGCCUUUGGGAUGCCAGAUAUGGUCACUCUGUACCCAUUGCUAUGAAGGCUGAGGCUCAUGACCUUGGUGUCUCUGGGCUUCAUUUCAGUCCAGCCAUUGGAAAGGAGGAAUAUAGUGCACUAGGGAAGCAGUAUCUACUGGCAACAGGAGGACAAGACACGGUGCUACACCUGUGGGUGGUGGAGGUUGGAGGGCAGGUGGUAGGGGGUUGUGGCUCACCUGUCAUUGCUCCUCACCACUCCCUCCAUGGCCACCAAGCCCCCAUCAUGUGUGUCAGGUUCAGUGCCAAUGGCCUGAUCUUGGCCUCUGCCUCAGGGGAUAAAACGGUGCGGCUUUGGGACCCUAUGAAGUUAGUAGCUCUUGGGGUGUUGGAGGGUCACAAGCGCUAUGUGACGUCAUGUGCCUUCAGUGAUGAUGGAGCUCUUGUUGCGGCAGGGAGUGGGGACAGGAUGGUUCAUGUGUGGCGGGUAGACAGAGCAGCGAGUUCAGUCAAUCGCAACACAUCUACUGCCAACAAGAAACCACUGGCAAAAUUUCCUUCACAGAGAUUUAGGGAGAAUUUGAAGUUAGUACAGUGGUCAUGUGAAGAUGUAUGUGGUUGGUUAGUGGAACAAGGUCUUGCUGAGUACUCACACAACUUCCGGGCUCACGCAAUCGAUGGACGGGAAUUACUGACAGUGACAGAUGAAAUUCUUGAGAAGAAACUUGGUGUUGAUGCUCUAGGACAUCGUAACAAGAUCCUGAGAUUGAUAAGAAAAUCAACACAAGAUUCACAGAAUGCUAAGGGUCCAGCCAAUGUUCCUCCCACAGAAUUCCUCUGUCCCAUUACACAAGAGCUGAUAGAUGAUCCCGUCCUAUGUGCUGAUGGAUUUACCUACGAGAGAGUAGCAAUGGAAGCUUGGCUGGCCAGUGGCAAGCGGACAAGUCCAAUGACCAAUGAGAAGCUCUCUCACCUUACACUUACUCCAAACCGAACCCUAAGAACACUUAUACAGAGAUACAAGGAAGAAAACAUGUGACCACAUUGUGUCAUAUGAGAUAGAGUUUGCUUUAGGAUUUUUUAAGUUGCAUAGUGAAUCUUAUUCCAUCAAGGGGAAUGAUUUAGAUUUAGAGAAAUCUGGUCAUGAGGGCUAUGCUAUUGGAGUAUAUAUACACAGUAUAUAUGUACAUACACAUGCACAUGCACAUGCAUAAUCAUACACAACACAUACAUAUUAAAGACAUGAAUGUUAUUCCAGCAAAGAGCAGAGCUUGUGUCAAUAAAAAAACAGAAAGAAAAAGAAAAACCUAUAGAGUAUAGUCAAACAAAGAUUGUUGUACAAUGUGAUAUCCUGUAUUCACAGUAGUUCCUAGAGAAAGGGCAAUAGUUUUAGCUAUUUUACUUUGUAAGGCCAAUUAAUAAACUUUCGGCAGAGCAAAGGCUAAAUAGAGUAAUUUUUCUAUGGUCUGUGAUAUUAUAAUAUACCAGUGUUUUUUGGCUUUCUUUGGUAUAUUCUAAUGGUCAAAAUAACCAUUAUUUCCAUUAAACUAACCAGGCUGAGUGUUAGGUCAGCCUGUUGAUUGGAGAUUGUGAUUAACUACAAUGAAUUUCUAAAUGUUUUAAGAAAGGAUUUUGAGAAUUUAGAUUAGUUAAAAAGGCAGCAUAUGAGUAAACUAAUGAAAAGAAACCUAUUAGUAUGUGAAGUUGAAUGUGUAGUUUCUAAUUUUUUUAGUAGUCAACCAGUCUUCACAGCAUUGGCCUUAUACAGUAUAUUGCAGUCAUGAUGACUAGGCCCCCACCAUUCACAUUCAUGAAAUGAGCUGUUUAGGUUGGGCCUCUUUAACCGGUAAUUAUGUCAGGCAUCGGCACACAUUGCACAAAGUGAAAUGUGUAAUCAUGGGUUGUCGAGAAGUGAGAUUGGGAACGACUGUAUCAGAGUGUCAGGGGUGGCAUUUUUGGUGAAGCGCAUAUUUAUAAUGCUGAAUCUGGUAUGAUGUAUAAAAAAUGAUGCUUUAUAACAAUAAGUAUGGUAUCAGGAAUUGCCUCUUAAGUAAUAGGAAUCUUUUUCAUUCCUCUCAGCUCUUUUGUUCCAUUAUGUACUUAAUUGUUGACAAUAUUGUUAAACCUUUUCAUUCUUUCUCAGAAAGCAUAUGCGAUAUUCUUUUACUAGUAUUUGGCCAUCAGAAUCACAUCAUAUCAUAUGAAUGUACAAAGUUACCAUUUUUAUGUUUAUUAUACACUUGUAAAAAAUUAUAGUCCUUUGGCAGCCCUUAUUUGCCUUUGUAAACACAAAGCAAAGGAAAAGUUUUUAUGAAGUAGGGUUGUAAGUAAAUUCAGGUAAAGUUCCCAGUAUGCAAUAAUUUUUUGCAGCAUUGUUAUUUUAUUGCAGAAUUGAAGUCUGUUGCUGCAGAUGAAAAGUCUAUAUAUGUGAAACUAGUCAUUGGUGAUGGAAUGACUGUGGAAACUAUUUGUGACACUGGCUAUUUUUUUUUCUUUAAUCAUUGUGUUUAUGUAUUGUUGUUAGAGUAGUUUUAAUGUAUUAGAACUCAUAAGAGUAGAGUACAGAUAGCUGUGUAGAUUUGUAUACACUGAAAUGAACAUUUUUCUUUUGUGUUGUUAACCCUGUUGGCCCAUAUGGCAAGAAUACAUGCCAUGCCCACUAUAAUAUAAGUUUAUUUAUUGUAUUUACACAAAGAUGGCUCUACAAGUGCUUAGUCAC